UGUCUCAAAAUCGUCCAUGCUGCCAGGGCUGCUUUCCUGGGCUAAGAAACUGAAGAUCUCUUUGGAGCAUUUCUGAGCUCCCAGGAAUUCUCACGUUAUCGCCAGUGCUUUCAGAGUUCCACACAGCCUUCUUUGAUGGGCUGAGGGUGGAUGAACAGAAGGGGAAGGCUCAGUAACCUAAUUGUGUCACCCUCUGGAAAGAAGGAGCUAAAAGGACUACCAUUUACGUGGCAAAACUAAGGACAGGGUCACACUGUGAAUAAAUGGCAUCAGAAAUCACCUAUGCCGAGGUGAAAUUCAAAAAUGAAUCACCGUCUCCAGCGGUCAAAGUACCUCCUGAGACAAAGAAGCCUGAGCACCAUCCCCAGAAAUACCCACUCUGGCUGCCAUGGUUGAUCUCACUGCUGCUCCUCGUGGUGUGCUUUGCCCUUGUUGUCGUCCUCCUUGUGGUUCUCUUCUGGCACAGCAGUGACCAGCCCAGAGUCCUGCAGCAGCAGUUCUCGGAGUGGAAGUGCAACUCAGCAGUGCCACAAGGCACAGACCGAGGCUGGACGUGCUGCCCAAGGGGCUGGAGAAGGUUUGAAAGAAGCUGCUAUUUCUUGUCCCUUGAUAAGAUGAACUGGACUGAGAGUGAGCAGAACUGCACUGGGAUGGGCUCCCAUCUGGUGGUGAUCAACAGCAGGGCAGAGCAGGAAUUCGUCUCUGGGCAGAUAAAAGAAGCUCGAGAUAGAGAGAAUUUCUACAUCGGUCUGUUUGCAGAGAAGGUGGGGCAGUGGCAGUGGGUGGACAAGACUCCAUAUAAUGAGACAGCAGCGUUCUGGCGACAUUAUGAACCAAGUAAUAACGUUAACGAGAACCGCACUGUAAUCCAUGGUCCGGAAAAAACUGUCAACAACUGGAAUGAUGUCCCAUCAUCUGGCAAGCAUCAUCGAAUUUGUGAAGCUGCAGCAGUAAUUGUGUGAUGGAAAUCCCCCUGUCCUGAGUAUAGCUGGGAGCUGAGCAGCGAGCUGGGAACAGCUCUGGCUGUGCUGGGAAGGGUGGGGAGCCCUUGUACAUCUUCACUGUGUGGGGGGACCCUGUGUGUGUGUGGAAGUUACAUGAGCUUUGUCCAACAUCCCCAGUUCGUGGGGUAGCUCAGGGAACACAGGAAUGUUCAGGCUCAUUGAAGCAGGUCCUGUGUUCUUGUGUUCUCUCUGAGAUGGUCCAGCAGCCACUGCCUUUAAAGACAUGGACUUCUCUAGGAGGAGAAGGAGAAAGGAGGAAGACACAGGAAUGGAAGACAGAUAUCCUGAGACUAAAUGUCCUUGGCCUCCUUGAGCAGAGGUGUUUUCUUUUUGUUGAGUCACACACAGAAUAUCUUCUAGCUGUGCUGGUUUUGCUGAACAAAUUUUGAAAACUGAAACAAGAG